CCCAGCUUACGAUGUCCGUCGGUAGAACUUUAGGGCUAAUUGUCAACCGUCGGUAAAUUUUUCCGGCGCUGCGCGGCGUGACCUACCGUCGGAAUGAGUAACUUACCGGUUUGCCGACCCUACUAGUAUACAGAGGGGAAGGGGUUAUGUAAGCAGUAACGCUUUACAUACACGUCAUGUGAGCGUGCCUGGCACACCUCCUUUGUGUUCCAUACGCUACACGUGUGCUGACUGCCAUGUGGAACCGAAUAUUUAGCAAGAAAAAGCGUUGGCAAGGGUCUAGCAGGUCUUUCGACGUGGAGGAGGAGGUCGAUCCUUUCCUACCUGGGUUAGCUUUUAGGGUGGCAGGAUGGUUGACGGGUUUGAACCUGGAGGCCGUCAGCACAAGUAUCCGCGCCGUUUGGUUCGGGGGAGUAGGAAGUUAAGCCCCAAUCGUGGCAAAUUGAGCAUAUCCGAUGUUGGAUCAUCCAAGCCAACUGCACCCUCUCGGCCUCCGGCUGGCUAUCCAGGGCCUUCGUCCCCUCUUACCCCUGAAUUGGAUUUCAACGAUCCUCGUUCAUCACUCAACACACAUGUCGCUCUUGACGGUAGCAGAAGCAUCUCCGCACGACUGGAACGUGUGGAACGUGAAGGCAUCAACCUGAACAUACCACCGUCUAGCUCAGGCAGUGAUCGGAAGAAAACAAUCAUCGGUGCCACAAGACUAAUGCUCCAGACUGCGGCUUUUGUUCUCAAAUUUUCCCCAAUCCCAAAACUCGAUGAGAUCCCGAACCUGCUUUUGACAUGGUUGCAGGUUUAUGAGACUCUCGAUGGCAAUGACACAAAUCUCAAAGAAUUAAAUGGAGAAUUCCAAAAAGCCUACAAGACCAUCCUACAGCCGCUUCAAAUGUGGACCAGCCAAACAAGCGAGAUCCCGCCUGAAGUGAUUCUGCUCGUUGAAGACUUUCACUCGGACCUAGAAGAGCAGAUUAAGCAGAUUCAAAUGCUUGCGAGUCGAAAGAUCACUAUGAGAGUGGUCUUAGGGGCCGACAUAGCUAGGGAAAUAAGCAAUGUGAAGGCUUGUAUCGCUAGUGCGCUCUCGCGUUUUGCGACGAUGGCAACCACUCUAAACCUCCUCAACACGAUACGAGCAUCUACGAGCUCUCGAAACUCCCCAAAGCCGAUGCCGAGUAUCACCGUGUGAAGAGCAAGUCAGAAUGUCUGGAAACCACGCGGAGGGAAAUUUGUAGCUCAGUUUUCAAUCACCUGAGAGCGCCUAGGAGCCGAUUUGUCUGGCUGCGUGGUUCACCCGGAACUGGGAAAACUGCGAUAUCGAUCCACGUAGCCUCCAUCCUUGAUAGCCAGGACAACCUUGCAGCGU